AUGGCGGCAGCCAUAUCUACGCCAACCACCACUUCGUACCAGGCAAGCACGCCGCUGCCACCCAUACCCACAACUCAUUCGCCAAGAUUCGCUCAUGGUAAAGCGUUGCUUCGGCUGCAAUUGCACACGUUGACAGUUUUGAAGGAAACAAUUGAUGAACGCGACGAACCAGUCCCUGUCCUUCAGGAAGGAGAUCAGGACUUGGCUAUUGUUGUUGAAGUGGAUGAGAUUGUCGUUCCACGUUUCGAUGAGGACCUCAUGGUUGUGGAAGAGCAGAAUGGCGAAGGCGUUCUGGAAAGAGAAAGGCGCGGAUUCAUUAGAAGAGCCAUUGAGGGUUUAUACUUCACGUUCGAAAGGGUAUUUGGUGGCUUCUGA